AUGACAGGGAGGCAGCAGGACGGGGAGACAGAGGGACGGGGAAACUGCGGGACAGGGAGACAGCGGGACGGGGAGACAGCGGGACGGGGAGACAGCGAGACUGGGAAACAGGGGGAAGGGGAGACAGAGGGACGGGGAGACAGCGGGACCGGGAGACAGUGGGACGGAGAGACAGUGAGAGCGGGAGACAGCGGGACGGGGAGACAGCGGGACAGGGAGACAGCAGGACAGGGAACCAGCAGGACAGGAAGACAGCAGGACAGGGAGACAGCAGGACAGGGAGACAGCACGACAGGGAGACAGCAAGACUGGGAGACAGCAGGACUGGGAGAGAGCGGGACGGGGAGAGAGCGGGACGCUGAGAGAGCGGGACGGGGAGACAGCGGGACGGAGAGACAGCGGGACCGGGAGGCAGUGGGACGGAGAGACAGCGAGAGCGGGAGACAGCGGGACGGGGAGACAUCGGGACAGGGAGACAGCGGGACAGGGAGACAGCGGUACAGGGAGACAGCGGGACAGGGAGGCAGCGGGACAGGGAGACAGCAGGACAGGGAGACAGCGGGACCGGCAGACAGCAGGACAGGCAGACAGCAGGACAGGCAGGCAGCAGGACAGGCAGACAGUUGGACAGGGAGACAGCAGGACAGGGAGACAGCAAUACAGGGAGACAGCAGGACAUGGAGACAGCAGGACUGGGAGAGAGCGGGACGGGGAGACAGCGGGACGCUGAGACAGCGGGACGGGUAG